GAAGGCCGUGUUGUGAGUGACUGAAGUCAUGGCUUACUGGAUCCAGCUUCGUUGGAGAAUCUGGUUGUUGGUUCCACUGGCUCUGGAUCAUCUCGCUCUUGCUGAAGAUCCGAAGCCCACCAGAUGGCCUCUUUACCCUCAGAAGCCUGUGGUUCUGGUCUGGAACGCCCCAACAGAAGACUGCAGUCCUCGGCACAAUGUCCACUUCCAGCUCGAUCAAUUUCAGAUCGUGGCCUCUCCGAAUGAAGGCUUCACCAAGCAGAACCUCACCAUAUUCUACAAAGACCGCCUGGGCCUGUAUCCAUGCUUUGAGGCCGGUGUGGCCAUCAAUGGUGGACUACCGCAGAUCUCCAGCCUCACGCACCACCUAGAGAAGAUGCCAGAAGGGAUCGCGAAGUACAUUCGCGACCCGUUGGCGCGAGGCCUGGCCAUGAUCGACUGGGAGGAAUGGCGUCCGAUUUGGAUACGGAAUUGGGAUGCCAAAGACAUUUACAAGAACCAGUCGCAGCGCUUAGUGGCCCAGAGAAACCCGAGCUGGACUUCAACCCAGAUAAACAAAGUAGCCCAGCAGGAGUUUGAGAUGUCCAGCCGUAAAUUCAUGCUAGAGACGUUACGGCUGGCCAAAAGCUUGCGUCCCAACCAGCUUUGGGGCUUCUACCUCUUUCCUGACUGCUACAACCACGACUACCACAACAGUCUGGAGAACUACACGGGACGCUGCCCGGAUGCGGAGGUGGCCAGGAACGACCAGCUGAAAUGGCUGUGGACUGAAAGCACGGCCCUGUUUCCAUCCAUAUAUUUGAGCUCUGGGUUGCGUUCGACAUCCUCCGGCCGCCAGUUUGUCCGAAACCGGGUGAAGGAGGGAAUGAGACUGGCAUCGGUGGGAGAGGGAUUGGCACGUCCUGUUUUUGUCUACAGCCGCCCUGCUUAUGCCAAUGAGCUGGAACUGCUGACAGAGAUGGAUUUGGAGUCCACCAUCGGAGAAAGUGUGGCUCUGGGUGCAGCAGGUAUCGUUCUCUGGGGUGAUGCUGCUUAUGCCAGCAGCAAUGACACUUGUUCCAGUUUAAACCAGUACUUGCGGGGUCCACUGGGCCUUUACCUCCUCAACGUUUCCACGGCAGCUGAGCAUUGCAGUCGCUUCCUGUGCAGCUCCCACGGCCGAUGUCUGCGCAGACAUCCGGACACGGACACGUAUCUCCAUCUUGACCCACAGACACACACGAUAGUAGGCCAGGGGAGCGAACUGCGUGUGAAGGGAGAUCUGAGCGUGGAAGAGCAGCAGCGGAUGAGCGAAGACUUCCAGUGCCAGUGUUUUAGUGGGUAUCAGGGUGAGAGAUGUGACCUCGAGGACCCUCUUCAGCAGUGAGGAGAUGGUCAUGCACUGAAUGCAUUAAUGAUUUACCUUCUCACUCCAUUGCUGCUGCAUUUACUGACCUGAGCACACGCCAUAGACACUUUAACUCAUUUUCUGGCUUAUGAAAUGUUUGGCAGGUCCUUCGCUUUCAUGAAGUCAUGUGGGUGACCUGAUGUAUAAACACAGGAAACUCAGAGUUCCUUGGAGUUUAAAUAAGCACUUUUGUUUGUUGUCACACGUUAUACUCUCACAACAUUUGAGCCAGAUGUAGGAUAUUGUGCAACAGGAAAAUCUAAUGAAAAUUUAUGACUAACUGACGAGUGGAUUCAUUCAGAAGUCACUGUUAAAACAAUUUGAACCGGUGGACAUUUGGUUUUAAGUGGCUUUGGUUUGAGUGUAGAUUUGAGAUGACACUAUAAAGAUGUUGGUUAUUGUAGUAGAAAAAUUCAUUUGUAUUGCUUUUUACAUAAUCUUGUGCUUAUGAAACAUUACAUAGUGCAUGUGUUUUCUUAGAACUGCUGUGUAGUCACAGUGAGAGAUGGGUUUGGGGCCUAAGCUUAAGAUGAAUGGGUGACAAGAGGUCCACAGGGCCAUAUUGGGCUGAGAGGAGGACAACUGGCAGACUCAUAGGCGUCUGCCCAUGACCUAGGGGGUCAUCUAGGCCCUAAAUAUAGGGGGAACCAGUCUUUAGAAGAAUGAUAUAAUAUUGUGUUGUUAAGAGUUUGUAACCUUGACUUGGAAAAGAGGUAUAAAGCGGAGGCUUGCCCUCCCUUCCUUGUCACACUCUGCAGCGACUUGUAUCCUGUACGAUGUUUGACCUUCUUUGCAAAGAAUAAAACCUUUAAAAGACACUGAGAGUGAGUUUGUCUCUUAUGCUGAUGAGAGUUAUUUAAUUUUGCCCCA